AUGGUGCACAUCCAGAGCGAAGGCUUCUACGACGCUGCACGUAGAGCCGAAUUUAAAUCCCGCUCCAACGACGCGCGCGAAUACUGGAUGCUCCAAAAUGAGUCUAACGGCUUACUCGGUCCAAAGAGACGUCGCCUCGACGAACGCAAUGCCAAAUACAACGUAUCCGCAUCCCGCUCUCAGCUAGAGAAACUUUGCCUACGCGCAGAACAAGGUCUCUACAUCUACGACAAAGUCCCCGUCCUCGAACUCCGGACUUUCAUUUCUGCGCGGCAACUAUCAUGCAAGGUGCCGCUCAAAACGAAGAGAGCCGACCUUGUUGCCAUCCUGGAGCGCGCAGAUGAGGAACGCACAUUCCCGUUCCUGAAACUCCCGCCGGAGCUUCGCGUACAAGUCUUCCAAUACCAUUUCCGCACUUUGCAGACUAGGAAUGGACACCUAGUGACUCUGCCUCCGCUGACUGCAGUUUCCAAACUUGUCCGGAAGGAGAGUAUGCCUCUCUUCUAUGAGACCUGCACUUUCCAUCUCGACAUCAUCGCUCCGGAUGAAUGGCUACGUGCAAUCAAUCAGGCAGAAAAUGAUCGUUACUUCGCGCCGGCGAAUGCUACGAGACUGCGCGGAAUUCGGAAAUUGCAGGUGGAAGGAUCUGUUGGGCCGUAUCAAAGCGGGACAUUCGUGAUCGAGAUGGGCGGGGACGGUAAGGUUGCUGAGGUGCGCCAUGUGAAGAUGGAUACAUUACAGGUCGGUGCAGCGGCACAGAGUUGGCUCGAUCGUGCGGAGGAAGGCCUGAAGGGUUUCCGACAGAGAUUGAUUAACCGCCGGGAGAACAAGGUGAUGGAAGAUACGAGUGGUGGUGAUCGAGACUCUGAUUCACGGGUCGUUGAGUUUGUUGAGGGACCAGUUGCUGGACUGGAUUUGCAGAGCUCUGACUUGGCGGUACUCAAGGGGAUGUUUCGACCGAGAUCUGAGGGGAAGUGA